UUGCACAUCAGUGAGUUGUAUAAUUUACCAGAUGCUAGACAGAAUAUAAAGCAGAAGAGAAACUCAACAGAAACAUCAGAAUGACUUCAGAGCAUCAAGACAUCAGAAACAACAUGUUCUGGAUCAUCGGCUGUUUUGCAUUGGUGGCCUCCGCUGUUGGCCGUAGGGAGAAUUUAGGAGAUCCAGAGAAUGUCGUUAUGGUUCAUGGUGGAGUAGGUGCAUUGUCUGUUUGGCCCUGGCAGGUCUCUAUCCAGACAUCCAAAGGCGUUCAUUUCUGUGGAGGAACCCUGAUCAACCAGAACUGGAUUCUCACUGCUGCACAUUGCCCUGUUCAAGCUGGAUAUCACAAUGUUAUUCUUGGAGAGCAUGACCGUGGCUCUGAUGAUAAUGCCGUUCAGAUCAGGAAAAUUGCCAAGGUCGUUGUUCAUCCUCGCUUCAACAAAAGAAUCUUUAACAAUGAUGUUGCACUGCUGCGAUUGUCCUCUCCAGCACAGAUUACAUCCCGUGUUGGUCCGGUUCAACUAGUUAACUCCUCCACCAACAUCCCUUCUGGAACCCUUUGUGUCACCACUGGCUGGGGAAGAACUGAAACUGGUCUGGGUCCACGUAUCCUGCAGGAGGCCACUUUGCCCAUAGUUAGUACUGCUGGGUGCAGGCAGUACUGGGGUCGGACAAGAUCGAUUACAGAUUCCAUGAUUUGUGCCGGAGGUUCUGGAUCUUCAUCUUGCCAGGGUGAUUCUGGUGGUCCUCUGCUAUGUGACAGCAAUGGUGUUUGGUAUCAGGUGGGCAUUGUUUCAUGGGGAACAUUGGACUGCAGUGUUAAUGCUCCAGGAGUCUACUCUCGUGUGUCUUACCUCCGUCAAUGGAUUGAUACUGUCUUAUCCAACUAGAGCUCCAACAACCUUAUUCAACAUCGAUUGAAAAAGCAGCUUUUUUUUGCUUAUGUAUUUAAGGAUUUUAACUAAAAAAAAUGUUUAGUUUGAAUUAUUAGCUAAUUUGUUACACUUAAGUCACAGACAUACUUGGUGAAGUUGUUUAUUAAGUGACUACAUUUUAUAAUAAGAUGCUAAGUCAAUGAGUUUUAAAACAUAUUAUUUUGUAAUACAGUUUUUAAUGUUUAUUUUAUAAGUCAAAUCUUUAAUAAAGAAUGAAGGAACUUGA